AUGAAUACAAUGACCUUCGAGAAACAAACUGAGCAAGUUGUGAAAGCGUUACUUUAUGGCUUUUCUUUUCAGCGCUCGCAAAUAGUUUGCCAAAGCCCAAUAGUUUGCCAAGGCCCAAGUGCCAAGCCUGACGAGUGUGAUGCAGUUGUAGGUAGCGCUGCAAGCACGUUUGACCCAGAGGCUAUUGCCAAGAAACUGCGAAGCAUCGGAGACCAGUAUAAUGAGGACUUGGAGGUGGCAGUACAGAUGGUCAUUGAAGAGAGCAGCAAGGAAAAGCUGAAGAAAUUCAGAGAAAUGGCAGAAUCUCUCAGCAAGUCCUGGAGGAGACAGAAUCCUGAGCUGGAGUAUGAAACAGCUUUCCUGGCUGUUGCUGUGAAGUUGUCUCUGUCCCUCCUACAUAGUGCUCCUGCUACAUUCCAGGAAGAGCCCGAUUUACUCACACAGGCAAUCAAUGGAAACCCUGAAGUGAGAGGAUAUAUUGAAAGGCAAGGUGGCUGGGAGAACUUUGGAAACAGAAGAAACCAACCCUAAUCUCUCACUUUCAGUACAAGAAGACUUGCUGUGUUUUGCUGCUUUAAAGAAAAUGGGGCUGAGAGUGUUAUUGCACUGAAAAUGUACACCAGGGGGAGUGCACAACCUGGAAAUAAAUAAAAAGAAAACUAAACAAAUA